CUCAAAGUACACCAGCGCAUUCACACAGGAGAGAAACCAUAUCAGUGCUCACAGUGUGGAAAGAGCUUCAGUACCCAGGGUGCUCUCAAAAUACACCAGCACAUUCACACUGGAGAAAAACAGUAUUCCUGCUCACAGUGUGGGAAGAGUUUUAAUACACAGAUUAAGCUCAAAAUACACCAGCGCAUUCACACUGGAGAGAAACCAUAUCAGUGCUCACAGUGUGGAAAGAGUUUUAAUGUACAGAGUAAUCUAAAAAAACACCAGCGCAUUCACACUGGAGAGAAACCAUAUCAGUGCUCACAGUGUGGAAAGAGUUUUAAUGAACAGAGUUACCUCAAAAAACACCAGCGCAUUCACACUGGAGAGAAACCAUAUCAGUGCUCACAGUGUGGAAAGAGUUUUAAUGGACAGAGUGCUCUCAAAGUACACCAGUGCAUUCACACUGGAGAGAAACCAUAUCAGUGCUCACAGUGUGGAAAGAGUUUUAAUGGACAGAGUGCUCUCAAAGUACACCAGCGCAUUCACACAGGAGAGAAACCAUAUCAGUGCUCACAGUGUGGAAAGCGCUUCAGUACCCAGGGUGCUCUCAAAAUACACCAGCACAUUCACACUGGAGAAAAACAGUAUUCCUGCUCACAGUGUGCGAAGAGUUUUAAUACACAGAUUAAGCUCAAAAUACACCAGCGCAUUCACACUGGAGAGAAACCGUAUCAGUGCUCACAGUGUGAAAAGAGUUUUAAUGUACAGAGUAAUCUCAAAAAACACCAGCGCAUUCACACUGGAGAGAAACCAUAUCAGUGCUCACAGUGUGGAAAUAGUUUUAAUGUACAGAGUAAUCUCAAAACACACCAGUGCAUUUACACUGGAGAGCAACCAUAUCAGUGCUCACAGUGUGGAAAGAGUUUUAAUGGACAGAGUGCUCUCAAAGUACACCAGCGCAUUCACACUGGAGAGAAACCGUAUCAGUGCUCACAGUGUGGAAAGAGUUUUAAUUUACAGAGUCAUCUUAAAAUACACCAGAGCAUUCACACUGGAGAGAAUCGAUAUCAGUGCUCACAGUGUGGAAAGAGUUUUAAUAUACAGAGUAAUCUCAAAAAACACCAGCGCAUUCACACUGGACAGAAGUCGUAUCAGUGCUCACAAUGUGGA